AUCACGUGAUGCUACCAAUAGGGCGGUGAGAAUGGUUGAGAAAGGAGCAAGAGUGUGGAUCCCUCACUCGAGUAAAGUAUGGUCCAGUGGAGUGGUACUUCGUUUAGACAAGGCCUCGAACUGUAUAAUAGUUGCGUGCGAUGGAGAAGAGUCCUGUAUUUCUCUCGAGGACCCGCCAUUCAUAUGCAAUCCGGAGAUAUUGUUGGGAGCUAACGAUCUGACCACACUCAGCUACCUACACGAGCCAGCCGUCCUCCACAGCCUACAGCUGAGGUACGAGCAGUCAGCCAUGAUAUACACCUACUGUGGUAUUGUUCUGGUUGCUAUCAAUCCAUACCAACCCCUUUCUAUAUAUGGUGAUUGGAUAAGACUAGCGUAUAGCACCAGCGACCCGAGGGACAUGGAUCCUCAUGUUUUUGCUGUUGCUCAAGAAGCUUAUCACAAAUUAAAACAAGGUGAUGGAAAUCAGUCUAUAAUUGUAAGUGGUGAGAGUGGAGCUGGAAAGACGGUCAAUGCAAAGUACAUUUUGCAAUACUUUGCUUCGGUCAGUGGAGAGAAUAACAAUGCCAACAUAGAGAGUAAAGUCCUGGCAUCUAACAAUAUACUAGAGGCUGUCGGCAAUGCUAAGACAACCCGUAAUGACAACAGCAGUAGAUUUGGGAAGUAUAUUGAGAUUGGCUUUGACGGGAAGUUUAGAGUCCAGAGAGCUCAACUGAGAACUUACCUACUGGAGAAGACAAGAGUGGUGACACAGGCAACUGGAGAGAGAAACUAUCACAUAUUCUAUCAGUUACUAGCAAAGAGAGAUGAGCCUCAAUUUCAGCAAUUAAACCUAGGCUUGCCUGAUCAUUUUCAUUACACUAGUCAAGGUGGUUCACCUCUAAUACAAGGGGUGGAUGACAGUUCCAUGUUUGAUGUUUUUGCUAGUGGGUUGGGUCAGUUAGGAUUCCAAGAUCAACAAAAGUCACAGAUAUUUAGUCUCCUGGCAGCAAUCCUUCACCUUGGCAAUGUGGGCAUUGAGCAAAAGGAUGAGGAUAGCUCCUAUGUAAAUGAGUAUCAAGACAGUUUAAAGCAGUGCUCUUCUCUAUUGAAUGUCCCCUCUUCAUCUCUGAGUCAGUGGCUUUGCAAUAGACAGAUCAUCACAACUCAUGAAGUGCUUGUGAAACCAUUAACAGUGUCACAGGCUAUUAGCAGUCGGGACAGUCUCUCUAGCCAUUUGUAUGAUCAUCUCUUUGAGUGGAUUGUAGAAAGGAUCAAUCAGAGUCUCACUGGCUCUCACACUCACUCUGAGUCUUUCAUUGGGGUUUUAGAUAUUUAUGGCUUUGAGAUUUUCCGUCACAAUUCGUUUGAGCAGUUUUGCAUUAACUAUGCCAACGAGAAACUCCAGCAACAAUUCAACAUACACGUCUUUAAACUAGAGCAGCAGGAAUACAUGUCUGAAGGCAUUACCUGGUCAUUCAUUGAUUACUAUGACAAUCAGCCUUGCAUAGACCUAAUCGAAGGUAAACUAGGUAUACUGGACCUCCUCAACGAAACAUGCAAGAUGCCGAAUAGCAGUGACUCCAUGCUCAUUGAUAAGCUAUACGAGCAGAUAUUAAAGAAGGGUCAUAGUCAUUUCACAAAACCUCGUACUUCAAGGACUUCGUUUGGUGUUCGUCAUUAUGCUAGCACUGUUCUGUACGAGACUCAGGGUUUUAUUUCAAAAAAUACUGACUUGCUGUCUCGUGAGCACCUCAAGUUAUUGCAGUCAUCACAAAAUGGUUUUGUGUCAGGAUUGUUUCCUAUUGCUACUAAAGAAGGAAGGAAAGUCGAUGUAGGCAGUAUGUUUAAAGAUAGUCUUUCAACACUGAUGGGUACUCUCAAUUUGACCACUCCCCAUUACAUUCGCUGCAUAAAACCAAAUGACACUAAAACUCCAUUCAGUUUUAACAGACUCCGUGUAGUUGAGCAGUUAAGAGCCUGCGGUAUUAUAGAAACUAUUAGGAUUAGUGCAAUGGGUUUCCCCUCAAGGUAUUUUUAUAAGGAGUUCAUCGAUCGCUACUGGAUGCUGCUACCAAAGCUACAGCUUAAAUUUAUAAAUAAAGGAAACUUGGAGAGAGACCAAGUCAAACUUUGUCAAGUCAUUUUGAAACAACACAUUAACGAUAUCGAUAAGUAUCGUGUUGGUACAAACAAGGUUUUCUUCAGAGCUGGGCAGGUUGCUUAUCUCGAGAGUCUUAGAUCAGCACUACUGCAUGAGUCCUGUCUCCUGAUACAGAGAAACGUAAGAAUGUGGAGAGAGAGACGAAGAUAUUUGAAAGUGUGCAAGAUGGUGAGAGGACUCCAGUCUCGUAUAAGAGGACUUAUUGUCAGAAGGAGGGCUCAAGCUAUAAGAGAAAGUCGUGCUGCUACUAAGAUACAGUCAAUGUAUAAAAUGUACAAGAGUAGAAGAGCAUAUCAUUCCUUGAGAAAGAUCAGUCUCUUUAUGCAAUCAGUUUAUAGAGGAAUGAAAGCUCGCAGGCUUGCUCUUGCUCUUAAGCAAAAUAAAGCUGCAGUUGUUUUACAAGCUUACUGGAGGAGAAGGCAGGGCCAUAAGAGAGCAUUGUGGAGGAAGAGGAGUAUCAUUAGAGUCCAGUGCUGUGUGAGGCAAUGGAUUGCAACUAGGAGACUCAAAGAACUCAAGAUCGAGGCUCGCUCUGUCUAUCAUCUUCAAAACCUAAACAAAGGCCUUGAGCUCAAGAUCAUAGAACUACAGCAACGGCUCACACUAGAGGAGGACAAGAAUGCUCGUUUAGCAGCAAAGAACAGCGACCUUAACAAGAAAUGUAAAGAGCUAGAGGAACUAUCAGUAUAUGAGUCACAAUGCACUGCACUUAAGAAUGAGCUGAAUGACAUGACAGAAGAAUUGAGAAAUGAGAAAAUACAGAGAGAAGCUUUAGAGAUGGAGCUAGCCCAAGUUAAAGAAGAGCUUGUACAGAAUGAAGAGCUAAGGCAACUGGAAGUAACUUUAUUUAAUGAGAAACUUGAUGAGCUUGAUAAGCAAGUGCAAGAAAUAGAUGAGAAUGAUGUUAUUAUAGUCACACCAUCCACCAGGAGAUUGUCAUCAUCUUCAUCAGCUCAGCAAAGAAGCUCAGUUGAGAGGAAAGUCUCUGUACAAGAGACCUUGUCCGAGAGUAUCAAAAGAGUUAAGACAUUUGCAAGUGAAAGACUUCAAGAGACAAACGUUCCAGAGCAUGAUGAUAGUAUUAAUAAUAAUCCAGUGUUUGAUGAUGCCAGUCUGUAUUAUUCACUUCCUUCAGAAAUGAGGGAAUGGAAUGAGUCAUUAGUGACUAAGAAUCAGUCCUUCUACUCGCAGCAAUCAAUCAGUAACAAUGCUCUCUUGAAAUUCUUGCAAGAAGAAGUCAGUCGAUUGACAGAGGAGAACACUAAUUUGAAAGAAGAAUUGGGCCUUCAUUAUUUAACAGAAGACGUGACCCUUGUUGCUUUAUCCCCACACACUAAGAAAAAGGGAGGAGUACCUAAUAAAACCAUUCGGAGACUAGUCCGACCCAAACCCGUGCUGGGAAUGUUGUCGUGGAAAGAGAGUGACCUUCCUCAAAUUAUGAAAACUAUUAUUACUGAUCCUGACCAUUUCCUUAGUGAAGGUACUUGCAUUGAAGGCCAUAUACUGUUCAUGUGCUUGAGAUAUGCUGAUCACUGCUCAUCUGAUACAAUGACAACUCAACUUAUUGAAAGUACAGUUACAUCACUUCAAUAUUUGACUAAGCAUUACAAAGAUAACUUGAAUCUAUUAUGUCAUUGGUUGGGUAAUAUCACUUGCCUACUUCAGUCCAUGAGACAGUACAGUGGUGAUCCUGUUUAUUACAAUCCUUGCAAGGACAUUACCGGUCUGACUAGUUUUGAAUUGUCGGACUAUCAUGACUUCAUUACAGCCGAGGCUACGUCAAUCUACUACCUCAUAAUAAAUCAUUUAGAGAGAACACUAGAGCCACUUAUAGUUCCUGGUUUAUUGGAGCAUGAGUCGAUCCCGGGUCUUACUAGUGCUAGGCCAGUUGGUUGGGGUAGGACAUUGCUUGGUAUUGUAAAGCCAGUGAUAGUGACAGUCAGUGAUAUAGAGAGGUUUCUUAACGACUUGCUGAAUCAAUUGGAGUUGUGUCUUGUUGAUACGUACCUUAUUGAACAAAUGUUUAAGCAAAUUUUUUAUUUCAUCAAUGGAGUUAUGCUCAAUUAUCUUCUUUUUAGAAAAGACUUGUGCCAUUGGACGUCAGGAAUGCAAAUAAGGUACAAUCUUAAUGUCCUUGAGGAAUGGAUAAGAGAACACAAACUCACUUCUGUAUUGGAUACUCUUCAACCGAUUGUCCAGGCGUCCAAACUAUUGCAGAUGAAGAAAGAGACUCAAGAUGAUGCUAGGUGUAUCAGCGAAUUUUGUGCAAAUUUAAACACGCAACAGAUUCAGAAAAUCCUGCGCAUGUACACUCCAAGUAUUGAGUCUGAGAGUCGCGUGCCGCUAUCUGUGAUACAGUUUGUUGGUCAGUGUCAUCGCCAGGAUCAUCGUUUUGGGUCUGAGACUGAAAACCUCAUGAUUGAUUCCCGGUACCAGUUUCCAGUCUCAAUCCCUUAUUCUCCUACUCUUUUUAAUUUUGCUGCAAUUGAUGUUCCAAAACAAUUGGAUUUUUUGAUUAAAAUUUAAAAUCAUCUAAUUUCUCUUUACAGUUUACUCUUUUAAGUUAAUAAAUAACCAUGAAAAGGCAGGGAUUAAAAUCUA